CGGAGGACGGAGCGUGGGCUCUUCCUCCGGCCAGGGAAAGCAGAGAAUAUGAAAGCGUAUCUGAAGAGCGCAGAAGGCUUUUUUGUCCUCAAUAAAAGUACUACGAUUGGAAAGCAUGAAGACUCAGACCUUGUUUUAGAGUCUGCAGACAUUGACAACCAUCACGCGCUCAUUGAAUAUAAUGAGGCCGAGGGAAGCUUUGUUCUCCAGGACUUUAAUUCCCGCAGCGGCACCUUCGUCAACGAGUGCCACAUCCAGAACGUGGCUGUCAAGCUCUUACCCGGAGACGUCCUGAGGUUUGGGUCUGGAGGGCUGACCUACGAACUGGUCAUCGAAAACCCAUCCUCGGUCUCCUUCCCCUGGGUGAGGGGCCCAGCACCUUGGCCAAGGCCACGGCCAGCCCGGGCCACACAGCAAUCAAACCAGGCACCCUCAUCACCACAGGUCUCCUUCCACCCGGGCAUCCGGCCAGCGCCAGCACAGAGAAGCUGGUCCCAGGGCUUCCCCAGGCCCACCAUGGUGCCACCUGCCCCCCACAAGCGGCCCGUGAGUGCCUGCGGGAAGAUGUUCUCCUUCGUGAUGGACAACGCCCACAGGGUCCCCAUCAUCAAGCAAGUGUGGACCAAUGACGUGGAACUGUCGGAACAACCAGUGGCCCAGGACAUUCCCGGGGCAGGACCUUCCAGAGAGAUUUUUGUGGACCAGGACCUGGCCCAGCAGGACAAGGAUGAAAUCAUUCUGCUGCUGGGGAAAGAGGUUAGCCGUCUCUCGGAUUUUGAACUUGAAUCCAAGUACAAAGACGCCGUGAUAGCAAACCUGCAGAACGAAGUGGCCAACCUGAGUCAGAAGCUGUCGGAAACAGCCGCCUCCAGGCAGAGCGAGAGGGUGAUCCCGCCAAAGUUCCAGGUUCUGGAUGAAGACGACGAUGCCAAACAGAGAGAGAUCCAGAGCUUGAAAAGCCAGAUCAGUGCCCUACAGCAAGGCUACAGCCAGGUGCUGUGCCAGACCCUGUCUGAGAGGAACUCAGAAAUCACCUCCCUGAAGAACGAGGGCGAGAGCUUGAGGAGGGACAACGCCGUCACAUCAGGGAUGGUGUCAUCUUUGCAAAAAGACAUGUUGGUAAAGGAAGAGCAAGUUCAACAACUGAAACAGGAGGUGAAUCAACUGAAAAGUGAGAACAAAGAGAAGGAGCACCAGCUCGAAGCCCUCAGCUCCAGAUGCUCAGUGCUGAAGGAAGAGUUAAAAAAAGAAGAUGCUCAGAAGGAGCAGCGGGAAACCCAAGAGAAAGAGUUAAAACUCUACAAAACCCAAAUCCACGACAUGGAGAAAGAAAUGAGGAAGCUCAGGGAGGAGCUGAAGAGGAGUAGCACUGAGCAGAGCCUGACCUCUAAGACGCUGAGGGAAAAGAGCAAGGUUGAAGAGAAGCUUCAGGAGGAUUCCAGGAGGAAAUUGCUUCAGCUGCAAGAAAUGGGGAACAGAGAGAACCUCAUUAAAGUCAAUUUGGAAAGGGCAGUAGGUCAGCUGGAGCAUUUCAGGAGUCAAGUCAUCAAGGCCACCUACGGACGAGCGAAGCCGUUCCAGGACAAACCUGUCUCAGAUCAACAGUUAAUAGAGAAGAUCACCCAGGUCACUGAGGACAACAUCAACUUUCAGCAGAAAAAGUGGAGCCUGCAGAAGGUGACUCAGCUCAGCAACUCCCAACAGGAGGAGAUCGCCGAGAGCAUCGAGAAGCUGAAGACGUGCUUAGCCAGCUGCCAGGCUUGCAUGAAGACCUCUUGCUGCAGCGACGACCUGAAGAAGGAGGUGGACCUCCUGCAGCACCUGCAGGUGAGCCCCCCUGUUUCGGGGCUCCAGAAGGUGGCGCUGGACACCCUGCGCCUGUCGCUGUCCUGGCUGGAGGAAACGGAGCGUCUCCUCCGGGACGUGGGGAUCCAGCUCUCCGGCUCCGACAAAGGAUUGUCCUUGUAUCUGAAAUACCUUCUGGACCAUUAUAAGAAAAUCACAAGCCGGAUCCAGGAACUUCAGAUCAGGAUCAGCAGCUCUCAGGAAUCUCAGCAGUCCUUGCUGCAAGAAAAGCUGCGGGAGCAUCUGGCAGAGAAGGAGAGGCUGAAUGAGGAAAGGCUGCAGCAAGAGGAGAAGCUGAGAGCCAGAGUCAAGUGGCUGAUGGAAGAGAAGGCGGCUUUGGAGGAAAGCAUUACUCAAGAGAAACGCAGAGCAAAAGAAGCAUUAGAGGAAGAACAGGCCAAAGUCCAAGAGCUGGAGAAUCGCUUAACCCACCAGAAGAAGGCUUUGGAGGAAAGCAUUUCUCAAGAGAAAAACCGAGUGAAAGAAGCAUUAGAGGAAGAACAGACCAAAGUCCAAGAGCUGGAGAAUCGCUUAACCCGCCAGAAGGAGAUUACAGAGAGCAGCAUCGCCUACGAGAAGCACAAAGCAAAGGAGGCCAUAGAGAAGGAAAAGAAAAAGGUGCAAGAUCUGGAGAACCGUGUAACCAAGCAGAAGGAGGAAAUAGAUUUAAAAGUGCAAAAAGAAGACAUCUUAAAUAAUAAAUUAAAUGACGCACUGGCCAUGGUAGAAAAGACUCAGAAAACCAAGGCAGCUGAGACUAUGAAAGUAGAGACCCUCACCGUGAAAUUAAAUGAAACACUGGCUGAACUGGAAACUGCCAAGACAAAAGUGAUCAUGAUGGAGGAGCGGAUGCAGCUGCAGCAGCACACGGUAAGGGCCCUCCAGGAAGAACAGGAAUCACAGAAACACAGCUUUGAAAAAGAAAUCAUGGAAUACAAGGAGCAAAUCAAACAGCACUCCCAGACAAUUGUGAGUCUUGAAGAAAGACUCCAAAAAGUGACCGAACACCAUAAAAAAAUAGAAGGAGAGAUUGCAACCCUGAAGGACAAUGACCCAGCCCAGGAGGGGGAAGCACAUCCGAACCCCGCAGCGGCGCCUCCCGAGGAGAGCAGGGCCAAAGACACAGUGUGCGACCACCUGAUAGAGGAUUUACUGACUGCUCAGAAGGAAAUCCUGUCUCAGCAGGAGAUCAUCAUGAAGUUAAGGAAAAACCUUAACGAAGCCCACAGCCGAAUGUCCGAUUUGAGAGGGGAGCUUAAUGAGAAGCAGAAGGUGGAACUGGAGCGGAAUGUGGCGCUGGUCCAGCAACAAAGCAGCGAACUGAAUGUGCUGAAGGAAAAGAUGGCACAGGUGACCAGCCUGGUGGAAAAGAAGGACAAGGAGCUGGAGGUCCUCAAGCAGGCACUCAGGGCCUCCCAAGAGAAACACAAGCCCCAGCUGCACAAAGAGAAGGACCAGAAGCCCAGGAACACGACCCAGAUGUGUGACAUCUCAGUGCAGAUAGAACCAAUCCACACCGACAUUUUCUUGAGCAGCCAAGAGGAGCAGUCCUUCAGCGAUCUAGGGGCCAAGUGCAAAGGGUCCCGGCACGAGGAAGUCAUUCAACGUCAGAAAAAGGCCUUAUCUGAGCUACGUGCGCGAAUUAAAGAACUGGAGAAGGCCAGCUCAUCGAGUCAUAAGGACCACACGAAUGAACCAUUGCUAGACAUAAAGACUUUCAGAUUGGAUAAAAAUGUCCAGAAAAUACUGGAUAUACAACCUGAUUCGCCAGGUGUUUCAAGAAUAGAGAUCCGAGCGCCUCAAAAUGGCCUUUCCAGCCCAGGGCCCAUCCUGGCCACUGAGAAGUUAGGGAAAAUGGACAUGGCUGAGGCUUUAGAUCUCAGUGAAAAGCUGUACAUGGAUAUGAGCACAACGCUGGGGAGUCUGAUGAACAUCAAAGACAUGUCAGGUCACGUGUCCAUGAAGUACCUCUCCCCCAAAGAGAGGGAGCGAGUCAACCAGCUUCGACAGAGAGACCUGGAUCUGGUGUUUGAUAAGAUCACCCAGCUCAAGAACCGGCUGGAGAGAAAAGAGGAGCUUUUGAGAGGAUAUGAAAAAGACAUCGAACAGCUCAGGCAGAGCAAAGUGUCCGUCCAGAUGUACCAGUCACAGGUGGCCAAGCUGGAGGACGACAUCUACAAAGAGGCCGAGGAGAAGGCGCUGCUGAAGGAGGCCCUGGAGCGCAUGGAGCACCGGCUGCACCAGGAGAAGAGGGUCAACAGGGCCAUCAGGCAGCAGAAGGAACGUUUAACGGAUCUCGAACAGAGAAAUGGCAAAGAAUCAGCACCUUGCAACUAUUCCUUCAAAGAGAAAGAGAGGCAGAGACGAAUGUUUAUAGAGACGGUGAAGAACAAGAUGCAGAACUCAAAUUUCCAGGUUGGAGCCAGAAAAGCCAUCCCAAAGAUGGACCAAGGAGAGAUGCUGAAGAGAGAAACAUCCAGCAAAUCCAGCCAGAGCCUUCUGUUUUCUAAGCCUGGCGGAAGGAACUAGAAACAUCGUCCUGCCAGGCCUCGUGUGAUCCUCCGUGAGUCAGCGGGACUCUUCUGCGUCAAAAAACUAAGACACCUUUUUAGGACUUUAAAGGUUGUUAUCCUAGUGUGUUGCCUCCUAGACUGGUACUUUGCACGACGCUGUAUUUUGAAAUUCAUACUCCUGGGCCUGGUAGAUACAAUCAUGUGCUUGCAUCGUGAGGUACCUAAAUGUCACACCUCCACAGAGCCCCAAGAAACCCGCAGUGGAGGAAACAGCGGAGAAAACACAGGGCAUGUCCUGAGGCCACAGGACAGAACGGUAACCUCAGGACUGUUGGGCCAUGGUAUGGCGCAUUUAUAUCUGAGUUUACUGUAAUAAAUUUGAACACCAACCCAUUUUAUCGCUUCCAUAAAGGUGACUCACAUUUAUAUGGCACCCCUCCCCCAAGCCCUGGAAGGUAAAUAGUAUUAUAUUCCCCAUUUUGCAAAUGAGGACGCUGAGGCCCAGAGAGGUUAAAUGGCCUGUCUGGAGUCACGCAGCUAGCAAAUUCAAGAGUUGGGUCUGGAACGUACAUUUCUAACUCCAUCUCACACUGCCCGUUCAGCCACACCAAGACAGUCCAGUAGUUCAAGUCCUCAGCCAUCAGGACAGACCAAGUACCCAGUCACCGAAGAGCACACACUGCCCGGGUGGACACACCGCUUUUCCAUGGUGUUUGGAGAGCCCCUCAUUUCUGCCCCCUCUCCAGUCACCUGUCCUCUCCUUUCUUUUCUUGUAUGGCCAGGACCACUGAACAAAACGGGAGGAAGAGCCAGAAGUCAUAAGCAUCAUUUAUCUUUUAAUUUUUAAGAAGCCACAAUAAAAGUAUUUUGAUAUUUUAAAACCAAAUACAUUCUUUAUGCUGACUAAAACUAGAAGGGAAUAGGAAAAAUUCUUUGCAUGAUACUCCACUGGAAGAUACAUCUUCCACAGUGAGAAGGGUUAGCAUCACCUGACCUUAAAAAUACUCUUGAAAAUUCCAGAAGUUUUCCAUAAAGAACAUGACAUUACUUAUGCUGUACCAUAUCCCCAAAAUGCAAAACAGUAAUCUCCAGCACCAGAAAAGAUCACUUGGCUAGGCAGUAAUUAAGUAGCUGGCUCAUGUUUGGAAGCCAAAUUGUGUGAAAAAAAAUACUUUGGUUGAACAGGAAUGUUUAAAUUUGCAUCAGUUAAAUGUAACGCCUGUAUGACUCCCCUGUAUUUCAGAUCUUUCAAAAGACAUAUUAAUUUUUAUCAUAUGAACAUUGCAACCUAUGGUGACGAUUUCUUUUCUUCACUCCCUGAACUGGAUAGUUUUGGGGGGGUGUCUCCUCAGCCACACACCUCUUUCCCUGAGAAUGCACACCCACCAAUCAGGUGUGCCCUACCUAAUGCUGCUCUCUUGGCCUCAGCUGGUUGGCUGAGCAGUAGAUACCUUAUCCAAGCCAGACCAAUCAGGUUUCUCUUCUUACUCAAGCUUGGGCCAAUCAGCGUCUCUGCCCUCGGUAUUUGGAAGUGGGACACGGCGUGGCCACACAGGUCACUAUGGGCACUGGAGCUGAGACUCCCAGUGCAGUUCCCAGCUGGAAUGGCCAUUUCUCCCACUGUGUUUGGAGAAACAAAGCCAGUCUUAGAAAGAGAUGGCUGGGAUAGAUAAGCAACAAGGAGAGACAAGAAACGAAGACCCCCGGAGAGACUGUGCAGUGGACACUAUAAGCCCUUUCGUCAUUGCCUCCCUCUGCUAUUAUAAGCUGAAGGCUUACCUGGCCAUGUUUCAGUUCUAGCCAAUGACAUGCAAGCGAAGGCCCUAGGCAGGGCUUCCCUUCUGGAAUAAAAGGCAGGUCUUCACUCGGAGAGAGCUUUUGCUCUUUGUCGCUUUGCCUUGUCUUCUUUUUCUCUCCUGGAGCACAGAAUUGGAGCUGGAGCAGCCAUGUUGGGAAUUAGCCAGGCAACAAGCAAGAGGCCACAGCUCACUUCAAGGACUGGAAUGGGAAGACAUGAAAGGACUGGGUGGGGGCCCAGUGGCAUCACUGUGCUCCACAUCAGCCUGAACUUUGUACAUCCUGUUGUGUAAGACAAAUAAACC